AGCGCCGUAGAAAAAUGUUUUGUAACUGUGAAUAGUUAUAGUGUAUUAUUAUAUUGAUAUUAAUUCUUAAUGUGAUCGAGUAUAUUGUGUAAGAUGGCCGACGGUGGUAAGAUGGCCGAGUUGGAGAAAUUCAAGAGACGCUUGGUCCGCACUGUGGCCAGGCUCCGACAACAGAAUAAACCAGAGGAGGAAUUGUGGGAACAACUUCAGAAGAACACCAAAUGUGAUUGCAAAUGGAUGUGGAACCGGAUGCGCACGUUGACUCUGAAGAGAUUGAAGCGCUUACUUCUAGCGGUGGACAAGCAGGAUAAUAUCACAGCUGUAGCGCGUAUGACGCUGACGGAUUGGAUGAUGUUCGAUUUCAUACUUGUGCACGAGGAUAUCGAUCUUACUGGCACGGAUUUGAACUUGAAGUCGGAGCCGUUGUGUCUAUUGGAGCUGUUCUCGCUGGUGCAGCGGUUCGGCGUGGAAGGUCGUUCUGGAAAUGAGCUGGCUUGUGCCUGGACCGCUGCCACUGUACACUAUAAUAGUCAAGGACGGCAAUGCUCACCGAUGCUGUUGCAGCGUCGUUGGUACCAGAUGAAGAAGCUGACCCGUGAGACCUUCUACAAAUUCUGGUUCACUUACCGUGGGAACCCUAAAUAUCUGGGGGAUGCUCGGGCUCAACACGCGCCUAGCAUACUGCAAAGUGCGAUCGCGAAACGUUACCCACACAUAAUUACCAAACCAUUUAUUCCAUGGCCGGAACUAAUAGAGAGACGGCUGGCAAUAUUACCAGAGGAAUUUGAAGUGAAAUUGAGAUCGUUGAAUGAUCCCUCCGACCUUCCUAAACCUUGUGAUGAAAACUCACCAGACGUCCUAAUAGUGGAACCAGAAAUAGAAGUAGUAGAUCUCCGAGUAGAUUCCGAAUCAGAAACAGAAUAUGAUGAAAGGGACAUAGUUAAUGAAGGGAACAAAUUAUUAUCCACGGCUGACAAAGAUGGCGAUUCGCUCGACUCAAGCUCAGCAGUAACACAAUCUGAUAUUCCUAAGUCAUCAACUAGUCUAAUUACCAACGUUAAAGUUGAACCAGAGGAAACAAAUACAGAUGAUUUAGACGAAUUAUCAGAUUGCGACGACUUAGCAACAACUAUUAUACCUUCAGACACAAUUAGUAAUAACAUUGAAAUUUCAAAAACAUUCAGUGCACAGGAGCAAGCUAUUAAAUGUUCUACAGAUUACCCAGCUCUUAAUGAUUCGGUAGAAAGCGCUUCUGAUCCUACAGAUGCACCAGAACCGAUUGUAAUGCCUUUAAUAACUAACGUAUUUGGAAAUGUCCAUAUUGAAAAUGAUGCGUUGGUUGAAAUAAGUAAUGCAUUAAAAUUAAAUUCUGAUAAACUAAAAGAUCCUACUGAAGUCCUGAAAAAGAGAGUAGAAACAAAAGUAACAAAGUCAGUAGAACAAGUAAAAAUUGUAGACGACAAUGAAGUAGAGGAAAUAGAUUUAGAAGGUGAUAUAAUUAGUAAUAUUCAUGUCAGUCAAUCAAUGAAUACUCCUGUUACCAAAGAUAAUUUAACAGAGAGCAAUGUAGACUUACAAAAUAUGCCGGCAAACAUUACAUUAAUGGAUGACGGUAUAGAAUUUGUAGAUGAUGGUAUAGUCUUAUUGGAUUGUGAGGAUACGGAUGUUGAAACCAAACCUAAUUUGGCAAUUAAAACUGAAGAUAUAAAGACAGAAUCCGACAUUGAAGAAAAUGAAGAAACACCAAAAUUUGACUUAAAACUUUUAAUGGAGCCCGUUGUGUAUACAACCAAAUUAGAUGACAUGAAAUACUUUAAGACAAACGACUUUGCAAAUGUUAAACAUCUAAUAAACAUAAAUGAUAUUAUCGUCGAAAGUAAACCUGUUAGUAUAAGAUCAGUAGGUAAUUCUGAUAAACAAAAAGCUAACGUCGAUAAACCCUCUUGUAAUAUUGAAGACAACUAUAUAAAUGAUGACUUACUUGAUAAUGCCUCUAUAACUAGCGAAUCGAGUGAAUGUGAAAAUGAUAAAAUACCUGAAAAUAUGAAACUGAGUAUGUCUAGUGGUUUAUUCCAAAAACCACGCACGCGUAACUAUACUUUUAUAAACCUGUGCAAAAAUCCUGAUUUUAAUACUAGGUUGAAAAGAUUAACUGUUGGGUUUUUAAGUUCUACUCGUAAUAGACAACUAUUAAAGGCCUGUAAGCCGCUGACAAUAGAUGUAAAUAAAAUUUUCGAAUCUAAACUUGUAAAUGAAACCAUGUAUUUAAAGUCACAGUCGUUACCAAAUGUUGUUAAGACCGUAACUAGUGAUGUGGUAGAGGAGUCUAGUACCUCAGGCGAGCAAACUACAACUGUUCUACCAUCUGCAAUGUCUGUCCAGAGCUUAAUUGAUAACACGAAAAUGAAUAUGGCAGAUUUAUUGCCUGUAACCAAAGACAUUAAUGAACAACCUACUCAAGAUAUCAACAAAGAUAUACACGAUUUAUGUGAAAGAAAGAAAAUAAUUAAUUUACCCGAUAUCGAAAAUGUUCGUAGGAUAAAUCAAAAACUCCUUAUUGCUGAAGUUACGCCGAUUCAAUCACGAAUACAAAAUGACAGAGGUGUAACUCCUCCAGUUCAAAUUGUUCCACAAGAUGGAUCAUCAAAUAUAAAGUUUCAAGAAAAGUCUAAAUCAGAUAAAUCUAUUUCUUUUGUUUCACAAUCUGAGAAUAAAGCUUCUAGUAUGGAGAUGUCUCACUCUUAUGCGAGAAAAAAUAUUUCCAGUAACAAACUACAAAGAAAACCUAAUGAUUCAAAAUCGGUUACCGAAUGUACUUAUAGGAAAGACACUAAUUUUAAUGUGAAUAAAAAAGUAAAACAAAUGGAUAAAAAUGUUGCACCCUGGAUGCCAAGAUUUGCAACAUCAGUGAGUUGGUUAGGUAAAGAGGCCACAAAAGUAAAAGAAGGAGAGUCUCUUCUAACAGUAGACACACUUUAUAAAAUGCUUACAUUAAUAUCUCCUGACAGACAAAUACAAACAACAAAGAAAGCAACUAAAAAAGAAGUAAAAGCUUUAAACAAAGCUCUUAAGUUUCAAACGUUGGAGUUACAAAAGAACUUGGAUGAGUUUGAAAGAAUGUCAAAUGGUUUAUUGUCAGAUUUACAUGAAGAAAAAAACAAUCUUGUUAAAAAAGAUGGAGACAAUGAUUGUCAGACAUCUGCUAGCAAAUCGUCGAAACUGGAAAAAACUACAAAUAGUGAAUUGCCCAUGAAAAAGAAACCCCUUAAAAUUAAUAUUAUUUCCGCUACGCCAGUCGUUAAUUCUAAUAAAUAUUGUUGUUGGGCUCGUGCUAAAAUAAAUGAAAUCGACGAAAAAUUAAUGCCAAAACAUAGGCAUCCACUUAGUCUAUGUACAUGUUGUUGUAAAAAGGAUUUAGAUAUUUUUAGUAAGACAGGCACGUUUAGUCCUUCGACUGACCCUGUCAUUCUCGUUAAAGAUGAGCAUUCAGAUAUACAAAAAGCAUGUAAUACUAUUGAAAUAGGAGUGCAAGUAACACAAAAGUUAUCUAGUGAUACAAAUAUUAAUAAAACUAUUAAUUUAUAUAAAACAAAUGUUCAAAACAUAAUAAAACAGCAUGUUGCAAUUAAAACUGCGUCUACUGCUGAGAACUCGCAUACAAACAUCAAAAGUAGACAAAAAAUUUCAGGUACGGAGGAAUUAAAUUUUAUUACUAUAGCGAAUGGUUCCAUAAAUAUUAAUAGUAACAAUAAAGAAGCAAUAUUGCCUGUAGUUCAAAAUACUUGUAAAGAUAAUUCGGAGUCAAUUACAUUAUUACCUAAUAUUAUAGAUGUUGAUAACGACAUAACAGAUAACUCUGUAGACCAGGAAUCGGUUGAAACAAAGUCUAAUUAUACUCCAAUUAAUGUAUUAUCAGGUCCAGAUGAAUUAAUUUCUACUGUUACUACAACGAAAGCAUGUAUAAAUAUUAAUACUAACAAAGAAACAAUAGUGCCUAUGGUUCAAAAUGUGUAUAAAGAAACUUCAGAUCCAACAUUAUUACCUACUAUUAUAGAUGUUGAUAACGAUAUAACAAAUAACUCUGUAGAUCAGGAAUCAGGUCAAUCAGAGUCUAAUUAUGCUCCACAUAAUGUAUCACGAGUUCUAAUUAAUACAUCACAAGUUUCAUUUAACAUAACUUCUGAUAACAUUACUGAAGUUAACGCAUCGGAAAGUCCGUGUCUUACUGUAACGAACUCUCCGAAUAAAUCAACUAUAUCUGGAUAUGAACAAAAUAGUAAUAGAAUGUACAAUAAACGCACACGAAUGCCCUAUACAAAACAAAUAGUUGUGGAUGGUACAGGAGGAUUAAAACCUCAUACGAAAAAGGUCUUAUCCCUGAAUAGUAAACAUGUAGAGGCUCCAAUUUAUUUAGGAAAAAACAAAAUAUUGUUAACUGAUGUAAAUAUGCAUGAUGCACCUACAAAUAUUAAUAAAAUAGCAACAAGCGAAAACAAACCAUCAAUCGCAUACAACAGAGUUCAGACAGUUCUUCUAGCAGAGGGAGCGGAAAUGACAUAUGUAGAUAUGCAACCUGUAGAACUAUUGAAUAAACAACGACCUUCCAUGUGCCUUGACGUUGAUAAAACCAUUCCAACUAAUGUAAUUGAUAUAGCUAAUCUGAAAAUUUUAAACGAUGUUGUAGCACCUGUUAUCUCUUAUACUCAGAAUAUUAACGAAAUAGUUCCUGUGUCCAAUGAUGAAAAUACUGGAGUUCAAAUAAAUAAUAAUGAAUUGAAGGAACAAACUGUGGUUAUAGAAGAAAAGAGUAAUGCCAUUGAAAGCGUAAAUAGCAUAAAUUCUUGUGAAUUAUUAAAGACUACUGACAAUGAAAUAUCAAACACUGAAUCUAAUAUUAUAAGUAGUAAUAAAGAAAUUGAUACAUCACUGGUAUCAGAUUUGUACUCAGAAAAUACUAAAGAAUUAUCAACUGAUAACUCAUCAAUUGCACAAGAAAAUGAAGUUGAUGUCUCAAAUAUAAAAGUAGUUAAUAGUGAAAAUUCUAAAGAAAACACGAUGCAUGAGGAUAAUAAAAAAAAAAUAAUAGAAAAUGAAGCUGAUAGUUUGGGAACAGAAACAAUAGAUCUAGCUUUGCCUAAUUCAAACAAAAUGUCAGAAGAUCCAAAACCAGAAGAAGUAGAAUAUAAUACAAGUAUCCAAAGGAAAAGUAUAUUAUCCGAUCUUAUGGAAAUGUCCGGCAUUUCUACAGAAGAUGCUAAACCUAUGCCUAAUGAUAUCACACAUGAGUCAGGUGAAUUACUGCAUAAUGUAGAUCCGUAUGUAUCUCAUCCCUAUGUGAUGCAUCAUCAGUUAUAUCCAGUAAAAUCAUUCACCGAAUUAAAGUACGCAUGUGAAAAAAAUGGUAAAUUCUUUAAAUGCGAUCUAGAUACAGGACUGAUAACUACAAUAAAUGUAUGUAUUAAGAAAAACCCAAAAGAAUCCGAAUUACCACUACUAGCCCCAAAGAAUAAAAAAUCUGAGUCAGUAAUAGAUCUAACAGAUGACAAAGACGAUACGAGUGAAAUACAGCCACAGGUAAAAAUACCUUCAAAUAAAUUAGAAGUAUGUAAACAGAAGUUUAAAAAAAUCUCUACGGCUAAUAUUAGCGAAGGCAUUAAAGUAAUGUCUAUGAAAACUAACGCAAAACCUAUAAAACUGUUUAAAGUAUCGUACCCUUCCAUAUUAAAAAAGAAAGUAGAUGUUAAUCUUCUUAAUAAGAAAAUAUUGAACGUAAAGUCUUUAAAUAUAAAAAGGAAACGGAAACAGCAUUUAUUUGAAUCAGAAUCCACCAGUUUCCAAGAAAUCAUUUCUUCAGAAGGUAAACUUCAGGAAGAGGAUUCCAGUAGUCAUGAUGAUGACUCAGACGAUGAACCACUUGCAAAAAAAUUCAAAAGAUUAAGACAGGAGAAGUCAAUAAACGAUAGCACGAGUGUUGACAAUGAAGUAGUAAGCGUUUGUACUGAAAAUAUCUCUUCAGAUUUUGUAAAUGAUAUAUCAAAUGAAAGUGCAGAAAACAGGGUGGAACCACAUUUUUCCACGCCACUUGCCAUUAUGUCUGACAUAGAUAUGCCAGAAGAAGACUCUAUUCUUGGUGUUUGAAAAAUGGUAUAAGUUUGAGUGCCGUUUAUAGUUAAUGAUAAUUAGGUAUAAUUUAUUAAUAAUUCUUAUUCCUGAGCACGAUAUAAAAAGGCAUUGUGAGAUAAUUGUAUAUAUAUUGUAAAUAGUAGAUAAAUAGAGAGUAAUUUAUGUGUGAUUUAGAUAUGUAUGUACAUACAUUUUAAAUAAUUGGACAUGAUUUUGUCGUUGCUGUGCCUAAAUGAAAAAUCUAAUUAUUGAAAUCUAAUGAAAAUCGUUUUAUAUGUCACACAUAUUUAGAACAUCACAAAUGACGUCUACAAAGAUAUAUCUCUGGAAUGUUAUAGUAACAUUCUUUCAAGCUAGGUAAGAUUUUUUCAACAUGGUGUGUACAUUAGCAUUAUUAUAUUAUAAAUUGAAUUUAUACAAUUAUUUACAAAUUUUCAGAGACAAAAUCUUUUUUUCUAUUUUUCACUGAAUUGUACUAGAACGUCUGACAAAGGAAUACUUACCUAUUUCGAUCGGUCAACUUUAGUCAUGCAGACUAUGAAUUUUUAACAUUAUUUUAAUGUUAUUUACACAUACCUAUACAGCUUAUAUAGACGGCCAUAUGAACACGGUUGACUCUAUUGUAGAAAGAUUUCUGAAACAGUUGUUAUGUUAUGCAGUUACCAAUAACCCAUAAGGAUAUAUCAUGUAGAUAGGUACUAGUAGAAACACUAUUACCCGGAUUCGUUGUGUUGUUUACUCGAAGUGCCAAUCGCAAUCAAAUCGAAUAAAAUGUAAUUUUAUUGUAUUGAAUAAAUACCUGUUUCUUAUUUUAAUCACAGAAAGACAACCACAUGAAAAACAAUAUAGUCAUAUCUUAAGUUUGCGUUUCUUUAUACAUUCAAUUAUCUUAAUUUUCGAAGACUCGAUAACAAUUGGUCCGGUUAAUUGUGUUUCAUGGUACUUAAUUUUGAAUCACAUAGUUCACUACCAUGUUGUUAGAAAUACAAGUUCGGAUUAUGUUACAAACUAAAUGUGAAUACGAUUAAAUCUAUUUCCAUGUUUUACACUGGUUUUGUAAUUUAUCACCUUAUUUAAAUCAAGUUAAUAAAAUGGAAUUUGUCUAUAAUUUUAAGCAUCGAUUAUUUCAGUGUUAAGUAAUCUAUCUUUCGACGACGGCUAUUGGCUAUUAACAUCACGCUACGACCGAUAGGAACUGGGGUGCAUUCCCCCUCCAAUUCAAACGGGGAUUGAAAUCACGACGGUCUGACCGGAGGACCGAACUCCUAGCGGUGCCCUCAGACUAAAGUCGUAUCCGUCAGACGAGAGUUAGCCUUCAGCCGCCCCAUAAGUCCUUCCACGGUUUUGGAGUGACAUCUGCACUAUCGACCGGUAAAGCUGUAAAGGCCAGCUCCAACAGCAUUAGAG